UCCUCUUUCGGCCCCAUGGAGUCCUCUCCCAUCCCCCAGUCAUCGGGGAACUCUUCCACUCUGGGGAGGGUCCCUCAAACCCCGGGUCCGUCUACUGCCAGUGGGGUCCCAGAAGUGGGGCUGCGGGACGUGGCCUCGGAAUCUGUGGCCCUCUUCUUCAUGCUCCUGCUGGACUUGAUUGCUGUGGCCGGCAAUGCUGCUGUGAUGGCCGUUAUCGCCAAGACACCCGCCCUCCGAAAAUUUGUCUUCGUCUUCCACCUCUGCCUGGUGGACCUGCUGGCCGCCCUGACCCUCAUGCCCCUGGCCAUGCUCUCCAGCUCUGCCCUCUUUGACCAUGACCUCUUCGGGGAGGUCGCCUGCCGCCUCUACUUGUUCCUGAGCGUAUGCUUUGUUAGCCUGGCCAUUCUCUCGGUGUCGGCCAUCAACGUGGAGCGCUACUAUUAUGUCGUCCACCCCAUGCGCUACGAGGUGCGCAUGACGCUGGGGCUGGUGGCCUCGGUGUUGGUGGGCGUGUGGGUGAAAGCCUUGGCCAUGGCUUCUGUGCCGGUGUUGGGAAGGGUCUCCUGGGAGGAGGGAGCUCCCAGCAUCCCCCCAGGCUGCUCACUCCAAUGGAGCCGCAGUGCCUACUGCCAGCUUUUCGUGGUGGUCUUUGCCGUCCUUUACUUCUUGUUGCCUCUUCUCCUCAUCCUUGUGGUCUACUGCAGCAUGUUCCGAGUAGCCCGAGUGGCUGCCCUGCAGCACGGACCGCUGCCCACAUGGAUGGAGACACCCCGGCAACGCUCUGAGUCUCUCAGCAGCCGCUCCACUAUGGUCACCAGCUCGGGGGCACCCCAGACGACCCCGCACCGGACGUUCGGGGGAGGGAAGGCUGCCGUGGUCCUCCUGGCCGUGGGGGGACAGUUCCUGCUCUGCUGGUUGCCCUACUUUUCUUUCCACCUCUACGUGGCCCUGAGUGCUCAGCCCAUUUCGACCGGGCAGGUGGAGAAUGUGGUGACCUGGAUUGGCUACUUCUGCUUCACGUCCAACCCGUUCUUUUAUGGAUGCCUCAACCGGCAGAUCCGGGGGGAGCUCAGCAAGCAGUUUGUCUGCUUCUUCAAGCCAGCUCCAGAGGAGGAGCUGAGGCUACCUAGCCGGGAGGGCUCCAUUGAGGAGAACUUUCUGCAGUUCCUUCAGGGUACAGGAUGUCCCACGGAGUCCUGGGUUUCCCGACCCCUCCCCAGCCCCAAGCAGGAGACACCUGCUGUGGACUUUCGAAUUCCAGGCCAGAUAGCUGAAGAGACCUCUGAGUUCCUGGAGCAACAACUCACCAGCGACAUCAUCAUGUCGGACAGCUACCUCCGUCCCGCCCCCUCGCCUCGACUGGAAUCAUGA